GCAAAGCACGUGCAUGAAGCACAUUCUCAGUUUGACUAUGUCCACUUCUUCCUUGUAGUCAUCCAAGAAAAAGAAGAGAACAUGAUUUAGAUUAAAAAAUUGUGUUGCAUAUGAUUUAUAGCUUCCAAAUCCUUUCCAUAAAAUAGGGAUCUCCAGAUUUACUAUCUUGGUGUUGGUGGGUUGACUUUGUGUGUUCCCUGACCUCUCUCCCCACCUUGUGUUUAAUUUAUGGGUGAGGAGGGAAUGGUGAAUGAUGUCAAGAACACUGCAAGUGAAAAGAAAAAUCCAAAACUGACUUUAUUGCCUCUUAUUGCUCUGAUUUUCUAUGAAGUUUCAGGGGGGCCUUUUGGUGUAGAAGAUUCAGUUAAAGCAGGUGGUGGCCCUUUGUUAUCCUUGCUUGGUUUCUUGAUUUUCCCUUUAUUUUGGAGCAUACCUGAAGCUCUAAUCACAGCUGAGUUAGCCACAAGUUUCCCUCAAAAUGGUGGUUAUGUCAUUUGGAUAUCAUCAGCUUUUGGACCCUUCUGGGGAUUCCAAGAAGGCUUUUGGAAAUGGUUUAGUGGUGUCAUGGAUAACGCUCUCUACCCGGUACUCUUCCUCGAUUACUUGAAACAUUCCAUGCCCAUCUUUAAUCACUUGAUUGCAAGAAUUCCAGCCCUCUUAGGAAUUACAGUCUCUUUAACAUACUUGAAUUACAGAGGACUGCAUAUUGUUGGUUUUUCAACUUUUUUGCUUGCAAGUUUUUCCCUUUUCCCCUUUCUGGUAAUGGGAAUUCUCUCGAUUCCUCGGAUCAGGCCAAGACAGUGGUUUGUUGCGGAUUUCAAAAAUGUUGAAUGGAGGGGAUACUUUAAUACCAUGUUUUGGAAUCUGAAUUACUGGGAUAAGGCCAGUACUCUAGCAGGAGAGGUUGAAGACCCUAGUAGAACAUUUCCAAAGGCGUUGCUCGGGGCUGUAGUUUUGGUGGUUUCGUCCUACAUAAUUCCACUUCUUGCCGGAACAGGAGCUUUAAAUUCUAAUCCUAGUGAGUGGAGUGAUGGUUAUUUUGCAGAAGCUGGAAUGCUCAUUGGUGGACUAUGGUUAAAAUGGUGGAUCCAGGCUGCAGCUGCAAUGUCUAAUAUGGGCUUGUUUGAAGCUGAAAUGAGUAGUGAUGCCUUCCAAGUUCUUGGGAUGAGCGAAAUGGGAAUGCUUCCUUCUAUAUUUGCUUCAAGAUCAAAAUAUGGGACACCCACUAUCAGCAUCUUAUGUUCUGCAACAGGCGUGAUCUUUCUGUCAUGGAUGACUUUUCAAGAAAUUGUGGAAUUUCUUAACUUUCUCUAUUCAUUAGGAAUGCUUCUUGAGUUUGCAGCCUUCAUAAAAUUAAGGAUAAAGAAGCCAGAUCUUCAUAGACCUUAUAAGAUCCCGUUGCAAACAGUUGGAGCAACAGUCCUUUGCCUGCCGCCUUCUCUGUUGCUUCUUUUUGUCAUGUAUCUGGCUUCUUUAAAGACGUUCAUAGUAAGUGGCUCAGUCAUUAUUCUAGGAUUGCUCUUAUAUCCUGCCAUAGUGCAUGCAAAGGAGAAAAAAUGGUGUCAUUUUAAUACAAGAGAACGAUUGGGACUUUCUAAUGAUCUUGAGGACCUAUCAGGACCUACUGAACUUGAUCAGGUUGUUGCUGAUGAUGCAUCUCUUAGCCUACUCGGAAACUCUAAGAGAGUACAAGAUUCUAAAACCUUGUCACAAGAAAUCUCAACAGUGGAUUAGAAGAUACUUCCAUAUUUUGCUUACAUUUAAACCAGAAGGGGGAGCUUUGGUGCAACAGUAAGUAAGAGUUGACACAGUGUGAGCUAGACUUAAAUGGGUUCAACCGUGGAGACAGUUUCUUGUAGAAAUGCAAGAUAAGACUGUGUAAAAUAGAUCCAUUCUGAUCCAUCCCUUUCUGAAUCCCACAAUUGGGCUGCCCUUUUUUAACCAUAAGGGAUUUAUAUUUACAUAGUUCAAGCUAGGAAGGAAAUGUUUUUACCAGAAUGGGAGGAAAAGCCCAAUUAGAUUAAUUUAUGUUAACUCUUUGAAUGUCUUAUAUCUGAUGUGUAAUAGAUCCAUUCUUCUUUCUCUUUCUUCCAACUA